AUGAACCUCAUACUGCCUUUCAAUCAUCAGAAGCACACUCGUCGAGCAAUUGUCGCACUCACCCCGCCAGCAUACUCCCUUCUUCCCCUCCUCCUCCUCCUCCUCGUCUUCCCACUGGUGUUCUACUUUUCUACUCUCUUCGUCCUUUCCUCGACCCCUUCAUAUUUCUCGCACAGCCUUCCUGCAGGUAGUACUUCCGUGUUUUCUAUUGCCCCUUUUCCUUCCAACAGUUCUUCUACUUCCAUAGGCCAAACUUUUCUAACCCGCUUCGAUCUUCUGAUGCUUGGUGGCACGGGACAAUUUUCAUCAAUACCAACCGUCAAUUUAGGCAAUUCACUCGUUCAUGCUGCUCUAUUUGUACCAUAA